AUGCCGAAUGUUUUCUUUAUUUCGUCAUUGGCGAAUUUCCAAUUCAAAUCUUCUAAAUCUUUCUCUUUUUUUUCUUUUUAUAUAUAUAUAUAUAUAUAUAUAUAUAUAUAUAUAUAUUCUUUCUAUAUAUAUUUCUUUCCUUUUUCUUUUCCUUUCUCUUUCUCUCUCUUUCUUAUCUAUCUAUCUAUCUAUCUAUCUUUCUUUUUUUUUUUCUUUUUUUUUCUUUCUAUUUUUCUUUUUUCUUUCUUUUUCUCUUUCUUUCUCUGUCUCUUUCUUUCUUCUUUCUUUCUUUCUUUCUUUCUUUCUUUUUUUUCUCUCUCUUUUUUCUUUCUUCUAUCUAUCUAUUCUUUCUAUCUAUCUAUUAUCUAUUUAUCUAUUUCCUUUUUUCUCAAUCUUUCUUUCUCUUCUUUCUUUCUUUCUUUUUCUCUUUCUUUCCCUCUUCCCUUUAUUUUUUUCUUUCUUUCUUUCUUUUUUUCUUUGUCCUUCUUUUUUCUUUCUUUCUUCCUCUUUAUCUUUCUUUCUCUUUUUUCUCUAUCUCUUUCUUUUUCUCUCUUUCUCUUUCUUUCCUUUCUUUCUCUUCUUCUUAUCAUUUCUUUUUCUUUCUUUUCUUUUCUUUCUUUCUUUUUUUCUUUUCUCUAUCUAUCUUUCUAUCUUCUAUCUUUUCUAUUUCGAAAUCUUUUCUCUUUUUCUUUUUCUAUCUAUAUCUUUAUCUUUUCUUUUUUUUUUUUUUUUCUUCUAUAUCUUUUUUUUUUUCACAUUUUUCUCUUCUUUCAUCUUUCUUUCUUUCUCUCUCCAUCUUUCUCUGUCUCUUUCUCUUGCUCUCUCUCUGUCUGUCUUUCUUUGUAUCUUUCUUCUCUUCUCUCUCUCUCUCACACACACACUCUCACUGUGAAUUUUCUCUCUUUCUCUGUAUAUCUGUCUCUGUCUCUCUCUCUGUCUCUGUCUCUCUGUCUCUCUGUCUCUCUCUCACUACAAAGUUAUUCACGGACCAUACGCAUCUGUCAGUUUCGCACACAAUUCCUGGUGCUGUUGAAACAGUUUACAAGCAUUAUCAUCAUGGCGGACUGCCAGUCGUCAACAAGAAUCGCUGGUAUCUUGGCAACCAUUCUGCUCCAAAAUGUUCUGUAG